AGUGCAAUAGACAUUCGUCAACACUCGACACGCGAUUUGUUCGCAAAUUUGAAAUUGAACAUUUCAUAAAAAGGAGGAAUUCCAGCUGGAAGGGUUUACAUGUAGCUAAUUUAAUCGUACGAUCCAAUCAAAAUGAGUACAAUACUGGAAAAAAUUGCGGCAAUCGAAUCCGAGAUGGCCAGGACCCAAAAAAACAAAGCCACAGCGGGACACUUGGGUCUGUUGAAAGCUCGCCUGGCGAAGCUCAGACGGGAACUAAUCACCCCCAAAGGAGGCGGUGGAGGAACCGGCGAGGGAUUCGACGUAGCCAAAACCGGCGAUGCCAGAGUGGGUUUCGUGGGAUUUCCAUCAGUAGGCAAAUCGACUCUCUUAAGCAACUUAGCCGGCGUCUACUCAGAAGUCGCCGCCUACGAAUUUACAACCCUUACAACCGUACCGGGUUGUAUAAAAUACAAAGGAGCUAAGAUACAGUUGUUAGAUUUACCAGGAAUUAUAGAGGGCGCCAAGGACGGCAAGGGUCGCGGUCGACAAGUCAUUGCGGUGGCCCGUACGUGUAGUUUGAUAUACCUCGUACUGGACGUGUUGAAACCUCUAGGCCAUAAGAAGCUCAUCGAGCACGAAUUGGAAGGGUUCGGUCUGCGUUUGAACAAGCAACCUCCCAACAUAUACUUCAAGAAAAAGGACAAGGGCGGUAUCAAUUUGAACUGCAUGGUGCCUCAAUCCGAGUUGGACACGGACACUGUUAAAACGAUAUUGUCCGAAUAUAAAAUCCACAACGCCGAUGUAACGCUGAAGUACGAUGCUACGAGCGAUGAUUUGAUCGAUGUAAUUGAAGGAAAUAGAAUUUACGUGCCGUGCAUUUACAUCUUAAACAAAAUUGAUCAAAUUAGCAUCGAAGAAUUGGAUGUUAUAUACAAAAUUCCUCACUGCGUGCCGAUUUCCGCGCAUCAUCGAUGGAACUUUGACGAUUUGCUAGAAAAAAUGUGGGAGUACUUGAAGUUGGUUAGAAUAUACACAAAACCUAAAGGACAACUACCCGAUUAUAACUCGCCCAUUGUCCUGCACUCCGAUCAUACGUCUAUCGAAGACUUUUGUAACAAAUUGCACAGGAGCAUCGCCAAAGAAUUCAAAUACGCACUCGUUUGGGGUUCUUCGGUGAAGCACCAGCCCCAGAAGGUCGGCUUGGAGCACAUACUUUGCGAUGAAGAUGUCGUACAGAUUGUGAAGAAGGUUUGAUGAUGAUGAGUCGUCAGCAGCGAGUUUGUCGCAGUUUAAUUCUCUCGAGCGGAUUGAAGUUGUUGUGGAAAAUUGAUUCAAGGACGCAUUGAAUAAAGAUUAGUAGAAUUUAUGCGACACACUCGGUUUGUUAAAUAAGAAUAAAGGCUAAUUUUACAUGCA